CGGCAGCGGUCUCUGAGCAGAUCGGACUCUCCUUGUUCACCCAGCUCGCUCAGCUCCUUCCAGCAACCAUGUCUGACAAACCCGAUAUGGUUGAGAUCGAGAAAUUCAAUAAGUCGAAGUUGAAGAAGACAGAAACGCAAGAGAAAAAUCCUUUGCCUUCAAAAGAAACCAUUGGACAAGAGAAGCAAGCUGGCGAAUCGUAAUGAGGCAAGCGCUGCCGAUAUGCACUGUACAUUCCCAGUUGAAUUCAUCGCAGCCGUUGAGUUCAUCAGGAUCAUGAUGGCGUGAGACGUUUCCUUCUCGGAACUUUCAGUUCCUGAGACAUCUAAAGGUCGGCGUUAAACCUGCUCUGUCCACUGUGUGAGACGAACAGGUGGAG